AUGGAACUUGGGGACCGCAACAUGGACAGGCCGACGGACAAUCCCGUCACCGGGCAGGCCGCCGAACCGACGUCGCGACAGAGUUCGGUCCAGACGCGAGCAAGACACCACCGACCGAGGUUCAAUCCCCUCGCCAAAGCCUUGGGCCGCAAGAAGCGAGACCCAGCGCCCCCCGACAUGUCAUCCUCGCCCGUCGUCGACCUCAACGGGCUGUCCCCUGUCACCGCCCACGCACGCCGGGGACACCUGCCAACGAUUCCGGAACCCGUCGCCGUAUCCGCGCGCGGCGGCCGACAUGAGGCCACUCCCUCGGUGCAGAUGACCACGGUCCGGUACGCCUCCGACCCCUCGGCGCCCCAUCAACCAGGCGCGGGCACCGGCGGCCAGGAUGGAGUUUCGAGCCGGGACGAGGCAGACGAAGAGGGCGGCACAAGCCGAAGCUCGAAGCCGUUUCUCCUUUGCUUGCCCCGACCCAAGUCCCGGCACGUCCGCUCCCAAGCCGUGUCUUGCUUCAUCUCGGGCAUCUUUGCCCUCGUGCUGCUAGCCAUCUACGUCGGACUCACGCAGUCCAACACCCUCCGGCAGGGCGAAUUGUCAAUCUUGAUUGCCCUCGUCAUCCUCGCGGCCGGGGCCUUCUUCUUCUUUAGCGCGGUGCGGCUGUGGCUGGCCGUUUUCCGGCCGGAGCGCGAGAACCGCCGCCGCGCCCACAUCAUGGGCCCAAGCCGCUACGUGGUGCCGCCCAAGCCGAUUCCCGUGGUGCUGGCGCGCGACGAAGAGGCCGCGGGCAUCGAGAGCCAGGCGGUCAAGUCGAGGCCCCCGGCAUACGGCCUGUGGCGCGAGAGCGUGAGAGUGGACCCGAACCGGCUGUUCUGGCAGCGCAACCAAAGCCCCGCAAUGCCGGAGCUGCGGACGGGCCCGCGACCGCCGUCGUAUGCCUCCGAGGACGGUAUCACAUACGUGGUGGAGGCGCGGCCCCGGUCCACGCUUCCGCCGCGCGGCACCGUCCACCAGGCCGACGUGCUUGAGUCGAUGCAUCGGCCGGCGAACCAUGUUGGCGGGCCUCACCAGCAGCAACGGCACCACUAA